AUGGAUAGACUCCACCAGCCUCUGUCCGACUCCAUCCGGGGCUUGCGAACUUCGGGCGCUUCUAGCCGCAACUCCCCCUACAAUCGCUCGCACCGGUCUUCCGCAGCGGACAGCGAUGGAGCAUGGAAGCACGAUCGAUACCAGCAAGAUGCUGGCUCGCGUCGUGGACCCCGCAACGGCUCUUCUCGUGCACCCAUGUUUUUCCCGCAGGACAAAUCGGAAGUGAACGAAGUCAACCCCACCGGCAAGCUCACCAUCGAAAACCUGCACUACGAGGUUACCGAGCGUGACCUGAAGGAUCUCUUUGGCUCUAUCGGUCCCGUCACCAAAGCCUACAUCAGAUAUGAUCGUAGCGAUCGAUCUACCGGAAAGGCUGUUGUCAUCUAUGAGAACCCGAACCAUGCCUUGCAGGCCAAGAACGAGUUCGACGGCGCAAAAGCUAAAGGCCAAGUCAUCAGCAUCACCCAGGAGAUGCGCGCGGAACGAUCAAAAGGUGUUCAGGAUCCGCAACGCUCACUCUUGUCCCGCUUCGGCCUGUCGUCGAGAAUGAACGACGAUGGAGAAGCAGAAGCAGCAGGUGCAGGGAGUCGCUUUGCCGAUCGCCUUGGUCCGGUCCGCAAUGGCGGUCGCAACGGCGGACGACGCGAGACGAAUGCUACCACGGCAGGACAACAGGCGGGACGAACGCGGAAUGCGCCACCCAGGCGCGAGAAGCGCAAACCCGUUACUGCAGCCGACUUGGACGCCGAACUCGAAGCCUUCAUGAACUCGCCUUCUUCGUCCAAACCUGAUGCAACCGUGGCUGUCACAAGCGAAGCGCAACCCGCUCAAACGGCUUCCAAGACGGAAGACGUCGAAAUGGCUUAG